GAUUGUGUUAUUGCUGAAAAUUAAUGAUAAAUUGGCAGCAAUGCAGACCAAUCUGAAGAAACUGGAAAAGUUCCAGUUUCAUUCUCUGACUACGAUAAAACAUUCCAAACGUCUCUAUCUAUCAGCUAUAAAGUUGAAAGUGCUGAUAAACGACUAUUUUGGACUGAAACUAUUAACAAUAUAUGCAAACUCAACUGUGAGGCUGCUUUGGUUUUUCACACUUUCCAUACAAAUGUGGAAUCCGGACAAAUUCGCUAACAGUCUUAUUGUUGACUGGAAGCAUUUGGCCACAUCAGUGGGAUUUAGCAUUCUUGGAAUGGUACCAGCAUGUGUUAUCACAAUGACCUGCUAUGCUAUAUCAAAAAAAGCCGACUAUCUUUUGGAGGACUGCUACCGAUUACGCUACAAGUUUUCCUAUGAAUCCUACGAGCACAGGGAGCUUCUAGCUCUAACCACUUACAUGUCAGAAAACCGUCUAGUUUUUACGGCAGUUGAUUAUUUUAUUAUAAGGCCAUCAGUUUUACUUGGAAUAAUCGGUACUUCGACAACUUAUUUCAUUGCCAUUAUCCAGUUUAGCUAAAUGUAAUCCAAAUAUAUUUGUUGCCAAUUUAAUUA